AAAAAAGAGGAAGGAAAUCAGCAAUCUCAACAGAUUUUUCGCGUCAUUGUCUUGCCUUCAUAUUCUCCGGUGCUCCCUCUAUUCCCUCCAUUCAAAAUUCUCUCUUUCUCCAAAUUCUUCUCGAAAAACCCUAAAUCCCCAAUUUCUCUCUCCACCAAUUUCGCCAUGCAAACAUUGAUUAAUCCAGGCCACAUUUCUACCUCAUCUUCGAUCAACACCUCCUUCAAAUCCCUGAUUCCCCGAAGAUUUCCCGCCCAAUCUUCAUCAUUGAAGUUUUCAGUCGACAAUGGAGGUGGUGGUUUUAAGGGUGGUUUGAAGGCUGUUGCGGCGGAUACUAAGGCGGUGGAUUCUCGCCCUUUUGUUGUCAUUGAUAAUUAUGAUAGCUUCACCUAUAAUCUCUGCCAGUAUGUGGGAGAAUUGGGCACAAACUUUGAGGUAUACAGAAAUGACGAGAUCUCCGUGGAAGAAUUGAAAAGGAAAAAUCCAAAGGGAAUCCUUAUAUCUCCAGGUCCAGGUACACCACAAGACUCGGGAAUCUCUUUAGCUCUUGUGUUAGAAUUGGGUGCCACUGUACCGAUAUUUGGUGUUUGUAUGGGCCUCCAGUGCAUUGGAGAGGCUUUCGGAGGGAAGGUUGUGCGUUCCCCAUAUGGGGUUAUGCAUGGGAAAAGCUCACCUGUAUACUAUGAUGAGAAGGGGAGCAAUGGCUUGUUUUCAGGUUUACCCAACCCCUUCACUGCUGCAAGAUAUCAUAGCCUCGUGGUUAGAAGGGAUGGCUUUCCUGAGGAGCUUGAAAUUACCGCAUGGACCGAAGAUGGGCUUGUCAUGGCUGCUCACCAUAAAAAAUACAAAUAUUUACAGGGAGUCCAGUUUCAUCCUGAAAGUGUUCUCACUCCAGAAGGAAAGGGAAUUAUUAAGAAUUUCAUCAAAAUGAUCGAGUGAUUGAAACAAAGAUUUUUACCUUAGAAGCUCUUAAAAUGGUAAAUGUUGUUGUAGAAGCUGUUCAAGGAAUUAGGUCUUUUGGCAUCAAGAAUCAAGAUGAAUGUAAUCGUUAUUGAAACAGUAGAUCCAAAUCUUGUUAUAGUUGAUUAAAAAAGCGGAGUUCCUAAGAUAGUGUAAUUAUUGUAAUAAGUCUAUAGGGUAUUCCAUGAAGAAACACCUUUUAAAAGUCCUCCAUUAUGUGAACAAGUAUCUUUUCA